AUGAACGAAACUGCGUGCUAUAUCCUGGAUAAUGGAGCAUAUACCGCGAAAGUGGGUUUAUCAUCAAUGGCUCCGAAGAUCGUACCCAACUGUAUAAUGAAAGCGAAGUCGGAACGCCGUCGACCAUUCAUUGGAUCUCAGAUAGAAGAAUGUCGGGACGCGUCUGGUUUAUUCUACAUUCUGCCGUUCCAAAAAGGAUUUCUUAUCAACUGGGAUACGCAAAAGACGGUCUGGGACUACACGUUUAGCAAGGAAUGCUGCCCCGUUAACUUCAAUGAGACUCCUUUGAUUGUAACUGAGCCGCUAUUCAAUUUCCACUCCAUACAAGAGGCUAUGACUGAGAUCUUCUUUGAAGAAUAUGAAUGUCAAUCACUUCUGCGCAUCAAUUCAACAGAUCUAGCUGAAUACCAUUACAGGAAAGUACAUAAAAACGAAUGUACAGUUGUUGUAGACUCUGGUUAUAGUUUUACAUAUAUAGUCCCAUAUAUAAAUGGUAAGAAGUAUAAGAAUGGGAUAAGACGCAUUGACGUUGGAGGAAAGGUAUUGACAAAUCAUUUAAAGGAAAUACUGAGUUAUCGCCAGUUGAAUGUUAUGGAAGAGGGUUAUGUUAUUAACCAGGUGAAAGAAGACUCGUGUUUUGUGUCUCAGGACUUUAUGGGAGAUAUGGAGAUAGCUAGGAAGAAAGGUUCCGAAAACACUAUAGUUAAAGACUAUGUCUUACCAGACUAUACAACUCUCCGUAGAGGCUAUCUCCGGGAUAUAGUUAAGCCAGAUGAAGACUUAGAACAACAGACAAUACGUUUAAACAAUGAAAGGUUCAGUAUACCUGAAUUAUUAUUCCACCCAUCAGACGUUGGUGUACCACAAAUGGGCAUACCAGAAGCUAUAAUACACAGUAUUGACUUAUGCCCGGAAAAGCACAAGGAAAGCUUAUUGGAGAAUAUAAUUUUGUACGGAGGUAACGCAUUAUUCCCAGGGUUCCGAGAUAAAGUUUACAAUGAAGUAAGGGCAUUUGCGUUGGAUCAUUUUGAUGUUAAUGUUAGUAUAGCAGACAAUCCUAUAACAUAUGCGUGGGAGGGUGGCAAGCAUUUCUUCAGGGAUCCAGAGUUUUACUCUUUCUGUAUGACAAAAGAGGAAUAUGAGGAGGAAGGCAAAGCGUUAGCCUUUGAGAGGUUCGAUAUAUAG